AUUGGUCUGUGUCGUCUGUGGUUAAUGUAAUUAUAAAAAUUCUUCCGGGAUCCGCACCAGUGACGUCCUAUUUAGGGCCUUUGAGCUCGGUAGUUGUAGUUUUUUCUCCCGUGAUAUUUUCUACCCAUUUUCCUCAAGGUUUUGCGAAGCUCGCGUGAGGUAGACCGCACUCUGCAGAGAGAAUUACAUCACACAGACAUGAAAAUAGUGAGCAGGUAAAUCUCAAUUCAUAUCAGUUUUCUAUCUGUCAGACUGAGCGAAUAAAGGAGACUGCAAUCUGGACAUUUAAGACGCCCAGGGCAAGCUGUUUGCCUGUUGCGCAUGCUAAGCAGUGUCUGAAUAUAUGGGAACAUGUCCAAGAAAAAAGGCAGGAAGCGUAGCAGCGGGGAGCUGAGUGACACCUUGACCCCAGACCCCAACAACCUGCUGGGCAUGAGGAUCCAGCACAGCUGGAGGGAGAAGGGGGCACUGACCAAGUGGAAGGGCACCGUGCUGGACAGGCUGAGUGUCAACAACUCGCUCUUCAUGGUCAAGUAUGACGGCUUCGACUGUGUCUAUGGCAUCGAGCUCUUCAACGACGAGAGGGUGUCCAACCUGCAGGUCCUCACAGAGAAAGUGGUGAACAACAAGAUCAAGGUUCCGCAUGACGCGGAGGAGCUGGUGGGCAAAGCCGUGGAGCACCUGUUCGAAAAGGAGGACGGGGAGAAGAACGAGUGGCGGGGCAUGGUGCUCUCCAGAGCCCCCAUCAUGACCAACUGGUACUACAUCACUUACGAGAAGGACCCGGUCCUCUACAUGUACCAGCUGUGGGACGACUACAAGGAUGGAGAUUUGCGCAUUUUACCUGAAGCAGAGAAUAAGCACUUGCUCCCAGCUGACAGGAAGCCAGGUGAAGAGACAGAGAGCCUUGUGGGUAAGCAGGUGGAAUACGUGACCGACAAAGGAGUAAAGAGAACCGGCUUGGUCAUCUACCAAGUCCCUGCCAAGCCGUCCGUCUACUACAUCAAAUACGACGACGACUUUCACAUCCAUGUCUAUGACCUUGUCAAGACCUCCUAAAAUGGACCCAACUGCAUCUUUCCCAUCGCUCACCUGUCAUUGCCAGUCAUUCUACUGUCUCCUGCUGCGGCAAUCCCAGGAAAGUUGGCUCGCUGUAUAGUUUUUAUGGCUCAUGUGACUCUCACUUUGGCUGUCAUACUGCAGGCGGCCAGUAGAGGGAGUGGGUCAGGGGUAGGGGAGCAGCUUCUCUAAAAGGGUAGAAGUUUCCAAUUGAAAGUUGUGGUUCUAGAGAAGGGGUUUGUAGACAUUCAUAAGUUCAUCAUAUUUAGCUGGAUGUUCUUAAGAACUGAGGUGAAACAUGGUGGAUGUCUUGUGUGAACUACUUAGCCAGUAUAUGUUGGAAGAGAUUUUAAACAUAAACCAUUAGAGUGACUCUGACCUUUAGUGACUCUGGAACUUUAGAUGGAGGCUUUUAAAUGAGAUAUGGAAAUUAUUAAGACAUAUUGUACCCUGAAUAAGGCCUCUCUAGUAUUAGAAAAAGGGAGACAAUAUGAGAAUGAGCUGAAAGUUAUGUUUUAUGUAAAGGGUGAUAAGGCCUUUAUUUGAAAAUUGUUUUGUUAAUUCUUAACACCUGACCAUCUAAAACCCUUUACUGAUGCUUUGGAAACCCGUUCUUAUGGUCACAAGAUGUUCUGGCUAGAAUGGACUGUCCCUAACACCACUCUUAUUGAAAACUUCUACCGUUUGUGUUGUGUUGCUGGAAUUCAGUUUAACCAGACUGCAGUUUCUCCUUGACUUUGAAUGCCAAAUUUAAUUACUGAAACAUUUUUUUUAAAUCUUUUACACAACCUCGAUCUUGGCGGUUGCUGCUAUUUGACGGAAUGUGUUGUGCAAGUUAUGACUUAAAAUAACACUCCCUUGCCGUUCCUAUUUCUCGGAGAUGUAGCGCAGUUACACUCACUUCCAGCCCCUCCCUGUGGGCAACAUUGAGAACACGUGAUCUAUGGGGAUGCAGCGGCGUUGUAAUCACGGCACCUCCGCGACACCUCUGCGAACGGAGUGCGAAAGCAUCAGGAAAACGCAUAACCACACCUUACGCCUCUGCCACAGGAACCAGCGUUUCGCUUCUUUCGAUACUGAUCUCAUUUUCCUGACUUCUUUCGAUGAUUGUCUCAUUUUCCGUUUUCCGUUGCCGCGCAAAAAAACAUAGCAUCCGUUUAUUCUACUGUUCGAUUUCCCGUCGCUUUGUUCGAUCGUAAUUGCACGCUAAUUAGCCGAUAAUUAUGCUACUUUAGGUCCAUAGCCGAGACAGGAAGGAGGAAAGUUACAGGUUGAAAAGGUUUUUUUUUUUUACGUAUAAGAAUCACAGUGGCAGAAGGUCAGGAAUUCAUUUACUGAUGCAUGCUCAUGUUCACGUUUAGCAGUGAUCUGAGGUACGCCGAAUGUAGCUUUUUAAAUUGUCCCAACUCUUCUAAUGUCUCUGAUAAUGAAAUACCCUUUUUAAUCUCUUUUUAAGUGACGCACGUAGUACUGGACUUGACAAAUUAUUCGAGUAAUGGAAGUUGUGUUACGUGACAGCAUUGGAUAAUGCCAGCCAGGGUAACUUGCAGUAAAUAUUUUAAGCCUUUAGCUGUAGUGCUUUGAAAAAGGUUGAACCUUUUGUGACAAUAUAUUAAGUCACUAAUUGUAGAUGGCCACUUUGAAUAGACUGAGCCCUGCAAAGUCCAAGUAAGACUAGACAAGACCUUAGUGCAAAGUCCAGCCGGCUGGACCAGAAUUGUCAGCAGUGUGAACAGAACUCAACGAGAACUGCUCAGGGCCCUCUUUAAUGUAUUAAAUCCCGCUUUUCUAAUAUUGAAUCCAAUAACGCCUACAGAAGAACGCAAUAUGCAGAAAAAGUGUAGCUGCAGCAAGACUUGUCUUGCAGGCAAUAUGAACGGGCGCCCUCUUUGUCAUGAAAUGUAGCCCCGCCCUGUGUACUCAACAGUAGUUUGCUCAGGCGUUGCAAACCAGAACGUAGUCAGCAUACACAAAUACUAUAUUCUGUUUAUAAUCUUGAAAUAAAGUUGCGCGUCAUUGAACCCAGACAGAGAGGACACACCCUGAAAGGGUGCUGGGCUUAGUACAAAAAAAAACCGUCUGUACCACAGAAUUGUACAUAAGUAUUUGUCACAUUUUAAAAGAGAGUGUAGCUAGUUCCAUUGUGAGCAAUCAUAAUACUGAAGCAGACUAUUGUGCAAAUGUAUAUUUAAUUUAAGUGUUGUUCAAAGUAUAUGUAGCCAUAAUAAAAAGAAAAAAAAUGUUUUGGCAACUAUCAAGUGUUGAGCUUUGAAACAUUGAUCUUUGACAUUGGUAAUUAUCCUCUUUGUUUGAUAAGCACUGCAGAAGCUAGCUACCCUCGGUUAACGUUUGGGAAAGGGCUGGCUGCAGGUGUUCAUUCGCAGCUUACCAAUGUUUCCUUCUUUUUAGCCUAUCCUUAUCGUUCGUAUGUAUACUUGUUCCUACAGACACAUGCGUGGCAUAUUUCAGCAGUAGAUAUUUUUAUUGACUUCUGAGUAAUCUGAUAAAAAAUUGUUUUUUGCAUGAAAUAUUUUGCAUUCUUGCAUAUCAUUUCUUUGCUGUUUGAUAAUCUGAUUGCCCAUGAAAUGAGCUAUUUGUUUUAGACCCUCAAAGCAUUGAGGUUUUAGACUUUGUGUAUUCUUGUAAAUAUUACAUGGAGAGAAGCUCAAAAGUGACUUCACCUCUUGCUCAAGAUCCUGUUGUGUUAGACUUGUAUUACAUGCCUUCCAUUCCUCCCUGUCCUUGAAAUUCAUUGAGCGAUUUUUUCACUUUAACUUAUUUCACCCCUAGUCAUUGAGCAAUUUUGAUUCUGAAUGUGCGAAUGUGGCAUUCAGAUGCCACCAGCCAGGAGAAAGUUGCUGAAAUGGUAUUAACUCUGAUUAAUAUUAAUCUUUCAGAUGGAGCCAAAAACCAUAUUUGCACAAAAAUAUCGAUUGGAAUUGUAUUAUUAACACGUUGUUAACAGAGUCCAGUGCAAGAUAUUUAAUCUGUGAAAUGUAGGAAUUCUCACCUGAACAUCCCUGCAGACAAUGUAUUGUACUGAAAUGUGAUUUUGCCAGAAGCAAAAAAAAAAAAAAAAAAAGAUUUCAGAGAAAUUUAACUUUGUUUGAAAUCCUUAAGAGCUUUUGUAUAUACAUCUAUGUUGAUGCUCAUUCUUUGAUUUCAGUUAUUUUAGAACUGCAUUUUUACACUGUCUUAGACAAGUAACUUUAACUAUCUCAUUGCAGUUGCACUUUAGGCUUCAAUUAUGUCAUUUUGUUUAUUUGAAAGGGCACUUCCGAAUCAGGGUCUUCAUGAUUAAUGUUUAAAACUAGUCAGAUAUUUAGAUAAGUAUAUUUAUUUAAAGAAAAACUUGGAUAAUUGGACAUGGAUUCAUUUGUGUAUAAAUAUGCCAAAAAAGCAAGUGUCUGAGACACCCCUGUCAAAGAAUGGAUGAACGUAUUUGUUGACCUUUCACCUUGCUCAUGUCCAAAACCAGAACAUGGUUUGUGCAAGUUAAAGGACCGACCCAAAUCUUGCUGGGUUUAAAAUGUAUGAAUCCAGGGAGAGUCUGUAUAUUUUUCCCCGUUUUGUUGGUUCAGUUGUCCAUUCUUGAAGACGUAGGAUGAGUCUCGCUCUCCAUCUCUUCCAGGAUUCCAUUGUUCUCAUUUACAUUCAGUUUGUGAAACAUUUGCAUAUGCAGUAUCACAACUUUUGAAUCUAAAUUUGAAGAAUAUAAAUAGCUUGUUGUUAUGUUUUCUGGCAUUUGUGGAUAACCUAUGUUUUUGCGAGUUUCUCUGUAAUGUGUGUUUGUGUUGGCUGCAAGGCCUUUGGGAACUCUAAGCAUCACGACCUGCCCAUGCAAUACCUGAUUUAUUGUUGCUUUUUACCAAAGCUUACCUUUCAGUAACUUCAAGUAGUGUAGAAUUCAUCA